AGGAAAUGUGGAGAAACAACAAAUUCCUAGCAGCAUCAUGACCUCGCAACAAACAUCUCUCUUCUUCUCCUCCAAAACAAACUUUACGCUCCUGUAAAUUCAAAUCUUUUACUUACACCAAUAUUCGAUUUAUUAUAUAUAUUCAAUAUCAUGAUGGAAUCAUUAUAAAACUCUUUCUCUCUGCCCUCAUGGAUUCCGACUUUUGGACCGCUCGUCUCGCCGCCGCUAAGCGGCAGUUCACGAUGCAGCACCACCACCAUCAUCAGGCCACCUCACAUCUGGAUCGGUUGAACGUUGACGAUUUGGAGGCUGAAGAGGAAAUCCGACCCGAUUUUCCAUGCCCCUAUUGCUAUGAGGAUUUUGACAUGGGCUCCUUAUGUUCUCAUCUCGAAGAUGAACACUCUUGUGAAUCUAGAACCACUAUUUGUCCAGUUUGCUCAGUUAAAGUGACUCGAGAUAUGUUAAGCCACAUCAGUCUGCAGCAUGGACACUUGUUCAAAUUGCAGAGACGUCGUAGACUUCGUAGGGUAGGCAGUCAGACGCUUUCUCUUUUGGGAAGGGAUCUUAGAGAGGCUCACCUGCAGGUGCUCCUUGGCGGCAGCAGUGGUGGUUAUAGGUUGUCCACCACCACCUCCACCUCAUCCGAUCCUUUCCUUUCGUCUUUGGUUCUUAACUUUCCUGCCUCCAAAGCUGAAGAAAUCGCCAAAUCCAAUCUUGAUCAAACAUCCCUUAAGACACCUCAACAUAUAUGGAAAUCAAGUUUUGAUCCUUCCUUGAGCUCUGAAGAACGGGAAAAGAGGUUGAGACAGGCCACAGGACGAGCGGUUUUUCUGCAAGAUCUGCUCGUAUCAACGCUGUUGGCUGAUUAAACUUGAUUACCAAGCGAGAGCUGAGCAAGUAAUUUGCAAAUAUAAUGUCAAAUUAUCUGUUAUCGGCUCUUGCUCUUUCGCCCGCCCACUGUUGUAUCAGCAAAAAAAUGACAUUUUCUUGCUAAAGAAAUCAGUAAUAUUUAUUUCUUAUUUAUUAAAUCAACAUUCUGUCCCUAGAGUGUA